AUGGAAAGCUUUGACGACUCUUUGUCAUUUGGAAGCUGUUGCACAGUCGUAGUCUGUAACGUAAGGAGAGUAACCCCAGAAAAAGAGAUUAAAUUGAAUGGUGACGAAGCACUGAAGGAAGAGGUUUCCCGAAUUUUCAGCCUACCGGAAGUUCGGCUCUCUGAAGACGAAAAGCGUACGUUGCACCUUUUGGUUACUGCUGCGCAAACAGGCAAUAGUUUCAGAACAAUUUGGUCGACAAUCAAGGACGCAUUAGAAACAAGCCACCCCGAAGAGUUGGCCAAUUUCCAACAGGCUCGACAGAGUGUUGGUGAACGUUCCCUGGAAAUCCAACAAAGCAUUUUGCGGCAUGCCCUUGGAGGGCAUGAGCAACAGCCACCGCUGCACGUAAUCAGGCGCAGCGAUCAACAGUGUGCCUCGUCGCUGGAAAGUAAAGGAAACUCCAACUCCGCUGGCAGUAAGAAAAAACGCAAAGUCGCUACCCAAGAGGUGGAUACCGAAAUCCUACAGUUACUCAAGGGUGUCCUGGGGCACUUGUCGCCGGGGGCGCUUGAUCAGCUGAAAACUGACAUAGGAGCAGUUCCUUUAGAGGAGAACUCUGAAAACGAAAGCUAUGGGAGCGAUUCUUCGAAAUAUACGAACAUUCUCACGAAUUCAUGA